ACGACGACAAUUCGAAUCGAAGGGCGCCACCAGAUUGGCAGCUCAAUGUGCAAUUGAUGCACCAAUUACGCUCUGUUUCAUGCAUCCUCGUAACGUCGUCUUCGGUGUCCAUUGCACGAGCUUCCUUCUAAGCCUCGGAGAGGGAGUGUCGACUCAAAAAGCAUCAGAAACCUGAGCUCUAAUUGAGCUGGACUGUCCUCGGGCUUCUGAAGGUGGAAGAGAGAAGCUCUUCAAGCGGCAAUUCAGAAAUGCCUGAGAAAUGCUGAUGCCUGCUCUGAGUGAUGGCGCAGCUGAGAGCUCCCGAUGAACUUCUGGCUUCCUCAGCAACUUCAAGAUGGAGGGAACACAUCCGACUUAUGUAUACUCCCAAGCUCAAGAUGUAUCUCUGUGGACGAGUGGCACCUAAUUAUGAUUGAUUUUGGUGGCCAUAAUCUCAGCCUGGCUCUUUGUGAAGUGGCUAUUUUCUUCAGUGAAUUGCACUUUGCCAUUUUCACCUGGUCGACUUGGACUAACUUUCGUUGGAGACACAAUGGGCUUUUUCACGGCUAUCCGAAAUGAUUCUUUGCGGCAAUGUUGGAGGAGAAAAUUGUUAAGUACGGGACUAUGUUCAAAUUCAAUGUUAUAGGUGAGACGGCAGUGGCAACGGAUCCGCCCAAAGGAAAAAGAUUUCUCGUUUACAACGAACACGGCCUCUUCCAAAGCGCACGGCCUGAUCCUCCUGUCAGGCUUACCCUAAGCAUGUGUUGAUAGUGAAGUCUGGUGACGCCUACAGGGUCUCCAGAUGACAUUCGGUGAAAAGGUUUAUGUCCCGAGAAUCAGCUCUAAGUUAAGUGGCCAAGAUGGAUCUGAACUGUCUCAAACAUGCGUAUAAAAACUGGAUUUCUGGAGAAAUAGAACAUGAGAUCAACACUUUUCAAGUUACCAAGCGUUGUGCCUUUGCAUGAGAUGUUCGAAUGAGAUUAACUGAGCCAGAGGAGCUUGAAGCCUUUUAGCACUCUCUUAAUUUGUGGGGUCCAGGAGGGCUUGCGAUAACAAUGGCAAGCGCUCUGUGGUAAGCACUUGCCAAAGCCCUUAAUUUGCCAGGAUGUGCUUACAACAGAGCAUGUGUCAGGCGAGAUCUGUCAUGGGUGCGAAACCUUUGAUCCAUUUCAAGCUGAGAGGGAAGCACUGCUCCUGAUAAGACCUGCUCUCCCUUCUGCUCACGGAGAAAGAUGACCACGGUCAUAUGAACACAGACGAAGAGAUGGUGGACAAUCUGUUUUUACCUCUCCUGGCAUCCCAUGAUACCACUGCUUCCGUCCUCACCUUUACGAUCGAUGCUGUUGGAAUAUG